GAAAUUCCUAAUACUUUUAUUACUUCAGCUUGGUCAUGUUUAAGGUAAAUUUAAAGAACUUGUUGCAGUUGUCCCUGUCGACAGAGGGUCCACUGCUGCGACACAAGCGCAUCAAGUGUGGCAAAGAGAGCUAUAUGCUCUGUUAUGUGCUGCAGGAUGGUUACCUGAAGAUAAGCCAGGCGAAGAGCAUGCGAAGAGGUCGGCGCUCCAAGGGUCUACUUCGGCAGUCUAGCAAAAAGGCGAGUACGAAGCGCGUCUGUGAUGCCAACAGCCAGACGACCAUUGGCUCAAUGGAGGAGCUGACGACUAGGGACACAUAUAGUCAGACAACUGUGGUACAGUACUCGCAUUGCUCUGUGGAUACGUUGGAUCUUAGUCUCAUGGUAUCCAGGCAACAGCAGACGACUAUACGAAUCUUCAACUUUGCCAGUUGCCAAACGAAGAAGCUCAAAAUGGAGAUGCGUUCCACACAGGUGGAGCUGAAGCUGAAGUCCAGGUUGACACAGACACUAGUGAUGCCUAUUGCGAAGAGCAUCGCAGGUACUCAGACGACGCUCGGAACGGGCCGACAAGCAAGCUAUGCGCAGACGGACAUCUCCAGCCUGGCGGCAGAGGAGGAACAGGAGCAGGAGGAGCUAAAGGAGCGUAUAGUUAAUUUGCUAUUACGAUCUAUGAACAGCCAAAGUAAUCUGUUGCUUAAAAGCGUCGAGUCCCUCAAUCAGCUGCUAGAGUUCAAGCAGUUGGAGUUGCAGAAGCAAAAGCUGGAGAAGGAACGGGAGGCAGCCAAGCAGGCGGAGCUGGUGAAGCUGAAGCAGAGACAUCCGAAAAGAGCUAACAAACGGUUACAUUGCCCCAAGUUCAGGAUCUGGGCCAAGCCAGCAUCCAAGCCCAAUACGCUGACACAGAAGCAGGCCCACGUCCAAACACAGCGACUAAGCAUAAUAUCCAGCGGCACGCAAACGGAGCUCUUGAGGGAGAUGCCAUUGGUUCGCUUGGCUGAGGCAGCCACGCAAACCGACCGCGUGAAAGGACUCUCUUGGCUGCGCUUAAGCAGCUGAAGCUGUCUGUAUAUAAAUAGGCCUAUACAUACAUA